AUGGCGCACCAUAUUGUGCACGGCACAGCAUGCCUGCUAAUGUUCAUGACAGUGAUAUGGGCUGAAAAAGAGCAAACGAGAUGGUCUCGCCAGAUAAGCUCUUACAAUGCAGAUAUCAGUGACUGGGUUCCUUUACCAGGCCCAAUGGAACGUGAUAUACCUCAAACGAAACGACAAGCGGUAGCCGAACCAAGGAUACUGUCUGAACCAUUCCCAGGUAUACCAAGACCGACUGGAUUUACCCAUGGAGGAAGUUUUAACCAAGAGUCGUUCCCCUUUAGAGCAUUUUUCAAUACGCCAUCAAAUCGACAGCUAUAUCUACAGUCAUUGCCUGCAGUGCCUUCAGCUCCACAAAACUAUUUAACGGAGCAAGGAUUUGGGCAAAGCAUUAGAUUCGGAUUAUCUCAACCAAACUUUCCUUUAACGCAAGGAUUUGUAGCACCUCAACUAAACUUUGACAAUACACCCCCGACAAAAACAAAGCCGCAGCAAGUAGCACUAAAUCCGAUAAAGUUUGAAAAUUUUCCAAAACCAAAUCCGUCUUUAAAGCCCCAAGUUCAGACUUUUAUUACGCAAGCACCGAAAUCAAAGCCAGAAGUACCUAAAUUCUUCGAUGAAUACCGCGUAAAAAAUAUCAGCAACGACUUUAAUAAUAGGAGACCACAAUCGCUACAAAAGUUAAAAUACGACGGUGUAAAGACAGAAGCAAUCACCCAAAACAAGCCGAAGGUCGAAAGGGAAGAGGUUCAACUUUUAUAUGUUCCAUUGGAGUCCUUAAACAGGGGCCAAUUUAAUUUUAGACAACCUAUUGCUACACCUCAAGCUAUUAAUAUGGAUCUAUACACUCAAAUUCAGAGACAGCUUCCACUGAAUACUCCUAUCAUCAACAACCCUUCUGCAGAUUUUCAAAUAACAACAUCAAAAACUGUUGAAAAUUUAGGUCCCAGGCACGAAUUUUUGACAAACGGAAAUGCCCAGAUCAGUACUAUUAACCAAAUACCUAAAUUUUCCACACUGUCGUCGCCUUUCCCAACCCUAUCACCAUCGACGUUGAAGCCAAAGAAAUUAAAACCUCACCAACCUCCAUUAGCUAUAUUUUUAACACAAGAUGCUAGAAAGGAUAAGCAAGUUAAAGUUGGGGAUGUGUUAUAUUCUUUAAAAAAUGCAAAUACCGUUGCUGUACUAGACAGUGUUAAUCCACAAAACGCUCCUAAAGUAUUUAUUGGUCCUUCGACAUUGACACCACCUGAGAACUACGUUAAAUUCGAACUGCCCUACCUGUCUAACAUCGAAAAUAGAGAAAACAAACUUCGUCAACUACCGUUUUUCGUUGCACCAUUAAGUUACAAUACACCUCAAGGAUUUGCUAAAAUUCCAUUUCCCUCGCCGCAUGUGGGGUCGGUAGUGAUAAACUCACAAAUUCAAAGGGAUGCUCAAAUUUCAACUCAUUCAACAACUCUAUCUGAUAUUUUACCUAGAUUUUACCCAUACAGUCUACCACCGUCAAAGCAAGAAAAGAAGUUAGAAACGACAAAACCAAUAAUAAACUACUACACCACUGUUUCCCCUAGAACUAAGGUCCCAUCAAGAUAUGAACUCAAUAAUUAUGCCUUUGAACAACAAACGUUAAACUCAUUACAUACACCUAAAGAAACAGAUACUGGUCUAAAAGAAACAUCUUAUUUUCUGAGUAACGUUGGCAAUCAAUAUAAUCCUUCUGAUUUCGUCAAUUUCCCAUCAGAAUCCAAUUAUCAAACACCAGAAACUGUUCAAACUUACACUAUUGCCCCAACUGUGACAACGACUUCAACACAAAAACCAACAACCAAGACCACCACAACAACUUCCACAACGACUUCAACUACUACAACUACAAAGCCUUCAACAUAUCCAAGUCAAUUAUUAGAAACUCACAAUCCUUAUUCUAUUAAUCAAGCGUUCCAUUUUAGUACCCCAAUAGAUUAUCAAAACUUUUACGAUGAAUACAAAGAAAAUUAUUCAACUCCUGGAAAUGCGUCACCUCCACAACAAUCUACGAUAAAUAUCUCAACACCAACUCCCCUCUCUCAAGAAACCGAAAGACCACUACCAAAAUACUCAAAUAGAUCACCUAAUUAUUUACAAGGUUAUUCGCCAGAAAUUCAUUACGAUUCUGAAGUACAAAAUCACUUUACUUAUAAUACAAACCAACAAACAGUUAAUAGCAAGGAGACUUCCGAUUACAGCCAAACGGAGAAUCCAUUAAUUCAGAAUGAAAAUUUCCAACCUAGCAGUGACCUUACGCCACCAAGAAAUGUAAAUGAACACAUAGAAACUGAACAAAUCUUAGCUCACAAUAACUUUGAAACCCUACACACUACACCACCGGCAUCAUCUGAAAACUAUAUCCCUACUACUGGACCUAUAGAAGAAUAUAACCAGUAUGAAGCUAACUUGAGUACUGACAAAAAUCAAGUAAUAACUUCAAGUACUUCUACUACCACAAGUACAACGAGACGAACUCCGUUAAGGAGUCGAGGUCGCCCAAGAUAUCCGACAGUAAAACCUGACACUGGAGAAUAUACAACUAAAUCAUUUGUAACUCGUAGACCCUUAAGAGAAAGAAGGCCUUUACCAAGUAGGCCAAGAUAUGAAUCAAAUAAAAUAACUACUGAGCAACCAACAAAGAACCCCACUGAUUCAGUUGAAACCACUACUAAAUAUAUGAGGACUAGAACAAGAGGACGAAUCCACUACAAGCCAUCUGAUGCUGACGAAAUUUACGACAAGCAAACAAAGACACAAAAUGGCAAAGAAAAUGACCUCGCAUAUCAAAGGGAUGUUUUACAUCAGAACUACCCAGUAACACUUAUGGAGCGGAUGAGUACAGUUAACAUUGAAGCCAUUACCGAACCAACAGUUAAAGUAACAUCUCCGAGCAUAAGGCAUUCUGAUGACACUGAAAAUGCCUAUAGCAAUGAUAAAGUCUCAAUAACCGAACAUACUGCUAACACGGAAAAUAAAGACCUUUAUGAAUAUAGAGACGGUCAAAGUAAUAGUCCAUACAUACCCAACCUUACUUCAACUAGUGAUGAUGAAUAUAUCUAUAAGCUCAGAAGCAGUGUUGCACCUUCAAAUGCAUAUACAACAUAUGAUGAGGUAAAAGAAGAAAAAACUGAUCACAAAUUAACAACACCUGAAUAUCCAAGUGAAAUAUCGGAAGUAACUACUUCUUAUAUUAUUGGUUCUGUAACACAAGACAAUGAACGAAUCGUUUCAGCAAACAAUGAAUACGAAACCAUAAAAACGGAAGAAACUACUACACAAGCAAAUUUCGUAAACGAAAAUUUUGCAAAUCAAGAAGAAAAUCGAAACUCAGAACAAGAAGCAAACAUUUUACAAACUACUCCAUCAUAUAAUAGAGUACGAAUACGCCCAGGAGUUAUUCGACAAUAUCACCAAGCGUCAACUGAGUCUUCUAGAGUCAGAGGAGACAGAAGGAGGCCAGGAUUGGCAGUAACUUAUAGACCAGCAUAUGAUAAACGCAGAACUACAAUGCGCAUAGAUGAAAUAGAAGCGGAUUUAAAAACAAAACAAGUACAUUCUCGUCCAGACUUCCAAGACUAUAGGCAUCCUGUUUAUAAACCAGAAUCAACGACAGAACCGACAAUAACACUUUCAUCUACACAAGAAGUAAGCACAAAACGCGGCUUGUAUCGUCGAAGACGACCAACGUACACAACUUCGUCUACUGAAAUACCUACUAAUAAAAAGAAUACAUAUGAAAUUAAAAAUCGUUUCCGAGGGCGCCGUCCUACAGAAAAGCUUACUGAAAAACCUGAAGUAGAAACAGAAACAACUGAUACUAAGUACAAUGAUGGAACAAGAUUAUCUGAAAGGUUUAACAAAAACUCUGAACAGGAAGAACCCGCAGAUCAAGACUCAAAUUAUUCAAUUCGAAAACCAAAUUACGCUAUACCGGAAUCAGAUCGUUGGUCACCUAAAUUUUCUACAGACUCUUUCAAGCCUUACAAUCCUAAUGAUAUUGUAGAUGAAACUAAAAUGUUAACUGCCGAACAUCCAACAGGAAACGGGCCUGAACUCGAUAUUAUAACGGCCAAAAAUGAAUACGAUAAUAUUCUCAUAUCGGUUACACCAGCAACCAAUAACAGAGCAAAUAAAAAAAUUCCAGACAUUCCUCCAACACUCGAAGCAUUAGUUGAACAAAGCAGAAUAACUAAGAGUGACGGCAGUGAUACAAUGUCCACGUUUGAAAGUAUGCUUGAAGAAGUAAUGAAAAGCUUAGAAGAACAAGACGAAGAUGAAUACACAAAAAAUGUAAUGAAACACAAAGGUGGUGAAAUCGGAGAAAUCCCGCCCGAAAAAAUUAUUGAAACUGCCGAAAAUUAUUAUUCAAAACCUACUACGUCAGUUCAAGAGAUUACAACUACAUCAGCUACCUCUGAAGACACGACCCAAAUAAAACAGAAAGAAAGUGAUCGAAAAACUCGACGCCGUGGAUUCUGGAAAAAAGUUAAAGUUCACCCCUCAUCAACGGAAUCUAUAGAAGUAGCCGAGUCGCAGUACUAUCCCAGUACAGUAAAUAGAUUGGGGCAACCUAUAAAGUUAUCUAAAGCUGGACACGAUAAAUCGAAGGAAAAUGAAAAAUCAAAACUUAAAGUCACCACGUACAAACCAAGUUAUCGAUUCAUUCAAGAACUCUUUGAAACUGACAAUGAUGAAUUAGAGAUUAUACCUGACAUAGAUAUUCCAAAAAUUACAACCAUAAAAUCAGACGAUCAAAAAACAAGCAUGUAUAAUGACAGUCACCUACAAACUACAACAACUUUUAUGGCAACAAAUACGCCUACAGAGAAGUUCAAUCCUGAAGAAUUAGACUUAGGCACAGGUUCCCCGGAUCCAACAUUUGCUGACAGUACAUAUUUCAGUGCUGUGACCGAACCAACUACCAGUAAAUCUUAUCAUUCUGCUGCCAACAGAUCUGAUGGUUUCAGUUUAAUGGAUUACUUAUUUGGAGUUACUUCAUCUGAUAAUGAUACAGAAUUCAAGGGAAAAAAUGAAACUAAAAAAGAUCAAGCUAACUCACUAAAUACUUCUUCAGAUCUUGAUGAAGGUAAAGUAACAAAAGAACAAAGUAAAUUCAAAACGACUACAGAAACUACAUAUAUACCAGAAGAAAUAACGGCCAUCACACCUUACAAUGAAGGAGAAAAUGAAAAACAGUCUAGCGAUAAAAACAAACUUGAUAUUAGUAAAGAAGAUUCCAUCGAAGGAACAACUGAGCAAUCAUUAGAACGUAUAGAAACCACUUCUAUAUCUUCCUUCAUGGAUUCUUUAAAUAUCGUCAGUACGUCAAUGUCAACGGAAAUUUCUCAUGAAACAGAAAUUUGCUUUAGAGGAAAAUGCAUUAAAACCAAACGAUCAUAA